AUGCACUGCGAGUUCCGAGACUUAGACGAUGCCCUGAUGGAUCGAAUCGUCUACGGGGUCCGGGACAUCCAUCUGCAAUGGCGUCUCCUCGCCAAGCCAGACCUCACGCUACAGAAAGCCAUUGAGGAGGCUGUGGCCCAGGAGAUCCGCAAGUCCAGCAGCCCGCGUCUUUCUAGGAAGCCAGUUCCAGUGCAUCACGAAGAGGCCAGCAGUGAUGAGGCAUCCUCCAGUGAAGACGAUGACAUGCACCAGACAAAGUGGGAGCGCAGGAAGUUCCAACAGAAGUCCAAGGGCCAACCGGAAUGUGCCGGCUGCGGAGGCAACCAUUCCCGUGCCAAGUGUCGAUUCAGAGACGCCAUCUGUCGGACGUGUUUCAGAAGGGGCCACAUCGCUAAGGUCUGCCGAUCGGCUCGGUCUGACACCCCCCCCUUCACCGACUAG